GAGUAGAGUGAGAGUAAGUGGGUGCUAGAAGAAAUUCAAGUGCUUGAUUUUUCGUAAGCUAGCAUCUCAGCACGACUGACAUUUUUCAAAAUCUUUUCGCUACCAGCGUCUCGAAUUUCGUGCUCCGCCUGAAAGAUUCUUAACGUUACAUACUCGUCGAACUGAUACUUGAUACCGGCCAGAGCAGUGAACAGAUCAGUGAACAAGUGAUUCAAUCCAAUCAAUUUUUCCCCGUAAGGGAGAUCCGUGGAGCGCCAGUUCCUAUCGAUUCUCCAGGGAAAGAAUGCCCCCUGACAACGAAGGAAUUAAAUAAUUAUAGUAUCAGCCCUUUUUUCUACGAGAUUUCCUGUACCGGGCAGAAGAACCAGAAAGUGUGUGGCCGUGUAGUGCAGGAAAAUGACGGACCUUUUAAUCGGGAUAGUGCCGAACGGGUUUCCCGGGUCAGGUGGGGUCGUCAAUGGAGAGGUCGUCUUCAGGAAUAAGACUGGCAAUGGCAGUAUCUUCCGGAACUCGGAGAUGAGACACAGCAAGAGUGAGGAUCUUCUGAACCCUACAACUAGGACACCCAGUCCUUUAAUGGCCGCUGUCUCCGAGGACGAUCUAAUUGCUGCAAGUGCAUGCACACCCUGCAAUUUACUCCCUAGAGCUGCUGGUCCACCUGGAGCAAUCGCUGAUCGGAUCGAUCCGGAGGAUUCCAUUCGCGAUAUCGUCACGGAGAAUGAUCUCUACAGAUUCGUUCUCUUCAAACGACACUAUGAUAAAUAUGUGGCAUUGUCUGCCAAGUAUGAGGAAGCGAGAGGGAUGGCCUAUUAUCUGGAGGAACGUUAUCAUGAGGUCAAGGCUGAACGUGACCAGUUGGAAGAGAUGAGACGGAAGUUGGAGAAGAGGCUGGAAGGUUGCGAGUCGGAACUUCGGGACAAGGAGGAGGAACUCUUUAUGCAGUUGGAAAGAAGUUUGCGUCUCGAGGAUGAGGCUGAUAGAGUUAGGAUGGACCGAGACACCUGUAAGGCAGCACGUGAUCGUCUAGAGCAGGAGCAAGCAUCUGCGCUGAGACAGUUGCAAAUUCAAGCAGCCGAGAACGAGAUUACAAGAAGAUCCCUAGAGCGAGCAAGACAGGAAGUGAUUAGACAGGCCACGGUGAUCCGUGCUGAGAGAGACGCUUUGGAACGCGAGAAUGAGAUUUUGAAGGACAAACUGCGAGUUGAGCAAGGCCAAGUUGGAGUUGAACGUCGUCGACGGGAAGAAGUGACCCAUGAAGCUGCAGCCUUGAGGUAUGCUGCACGACAUCUUCGUGCUGCUGCGUUUCAUGCCACAUCUUGUAGACGCAGACGCAGAUGUUCAGUAUGUGUCUACGCGAGACGCACCUUUGCUGAUGUUGAUGAUUAUCGCGAUGAUUUCUCUUUCAGUGGGAAACUCUUCAACUGCCUUCAAGCUCCACUCCAGGAUUUGCGAACUUGGUUGCGUCCCAGCACACCAUCAGCCUUGCCGCCCUUGCGAACCAGCUCGCCUUUAGGCCAAGGAAUUGGUUACAUCGACGAAUCGAGCAGCAGCUCCGAAGACGACGAGGAAUACCCCAAUACACCUGCCGCCGAAGUAUCCUUAUCUUCCACAAACUCCGGUGCUCCACAAACCGCAAGAGCUUUCUCCUCGGACUCAGGGUUUUCUUCGGAACAAGGAGAUCGCAGGUCGCGGUCUUACGAAUGCGGCGGUAGCAGUCGUAAAAUGAGUGAAUCCUCGAGCACCGAGGAAGCUCAGCGAAACACAGGAUUCACCCGCUCAAGAUGGACUUCCUCCUUCCGAAAACUUUUGGGUCGCAAGUCGAAAAAUAAAGCCACUGCCAGUCAAUCCUAAAGAGCCUUUUUUACCUGAAAAGGUUCGAAAUUAAAGAUAUUUCCUUCCAGUUAGAAGUAAGAGAAGUGCUCAAGAUACUUACUUAGCAGUCUCGAAGAUUUGUGAAAACUGUUCCCGAAAUUCGCAAAUUGUUAAUUGACACUUAACGAAUGAUACUAGGCAAUAAUUGCUAUUAGAUAACGAAUUGACAGUAGAAAACGAAUAUAUAUUUCACGAUCAUCGCUACUCUAUAAAAUUAGCUGAUGCUACUUGAGAAUCGAAUCUUAUUUUUUUCUUUUUCUUUUUUGUUUAUUGGGAGCAACAUUCCUUUCGUUAUAUAUUUUUCAAAAUAACUGUGAUACUUGAGAAAUUUGGAUGGCAACCUUUUUUCCUACUUGUGUAAUGUAAAACUUUCUUUAUUAUGAUUAUUUUUUAUUUAUUUGAGACUUAUUUAUCGAUUCGUUCGUAAUUGGAAUUUUGGCAUCUUUUCAAAUUCAUUUACUGUUUUCAGGUGACACAAAACCUUGAGUAGCGAUUCUAGACAGAAAAUAUAGAAUUCUCAGGCAGACCUUAGAAGUAUAAAUUUACUGCCACGUAAGAGAUUAAAGUAUAGCGGAUCGUGUGUAGUAAUUUAAUUGUGCAAAGUGAAUGAGUAGCAUAUCGAAACUUUAGGUGUUCUUGUAAUUUUAUGGGGAAGGGGGGGGGGGGCUGGUAGUAUGCAGGAAUUGAAGUUAUCGAAUUGAUCAGAAUUUGUACGUAUUUUGUGGACUGCACAAAAAGGAAUUGUUUUUUUGUAUUUGUUACGUUUAAUAUAAAUUUCCUCGAUUUUUAAUUAUUAAAUUAUUUUUGAGCAACGUUCUAAUCCAUUUUAGAAUUAUUUUGAACAUUUAUUUUUAGCUUUACAACGGAACAAAUUCCAUUUUUGGGAUAAAUUCCUGUUUUGUAUAUUUAAAUAUUUCAAGUACGUAACAUUAUGUUUUACGUAAUAGCAUUUUUUAAUUUAUAAAAAGCGGCCCUAAACACUUUAUAUUAUGCCCGGAAAAUGUUCCGAAAUUACAAAAUAAAAGUUCUAUAGAAAAUUUAUGUUAGAGACGGGCUUUUUUGAAUUUUUUCAGCAUACAUUUUUUGUGUUCGACGAGUGACAAGUUUGCAAGUAUAUUUUAUGAAAUUUCAAAUUGUUGAAACAAUUAUUUUUUUAAACAAUUCAAUUUGUCCAGUAAAUCAUAAAAAGUAAGGCAUUUUUGGAAUUUAUCACGUAGGAAGUGAAUUUUGAGAAUAAUAUCUUUUUAUAACGUUAUUUUUCAAUUGUUUAAAAAUUUUCUAUUUGUUACGAUUUUUCUUCUGCCCAAUAAUGAAAAGUUCGUAUUUUCUGGGUAUUAAUAACACAUGUAAUGUUAGUAGAAUUUUGUUAUGUCAUUUUGUAAUUAUUUAUACAAUUUCUAUUAGUUUAAAUCCGCUUCCAUGCUAAAUGACGAAAAAUUUAUACUUUCUUGAACUAAUUACAUAUACAUAAUGGAUGUUAUGAAUAAUAUUCUUUGUUUACAUUUUUUUUUUAAAUAUAGGAGAAUUUAAAAAGCUAGAAUUUUCUCUACCUUUCUCAUGAAAGAUCAGAAGCGGAUAAUUAAUAAUGGUUCUAUAAAUAACUUCAUAAAUAUGAUAGGUUUUUACAUAUUUCUAUAUUGUAUGGUUAUGCUUUUAAAUCAAGUUUACUUUGAAUUAUGCUUGGAUUUUUUCAAAAAUUGGGCGGUUCCAUAACAUUGAAAUUUUGUUUAGGCAAAAACAUAACAGAAGGAGCGUGGGAAAUUAGGAUGGGUCAUUGUGAAAUAGAAAAAAGCCUGAAAAAAUAGAAAAAAACCGUGGGACAAUAUGGAGUGUGGAAAAAUGAGAAGGGGCGUAGAUAAUGAGAAAAAGCAUUGAAAAUAGGAAACAUAGUGGGAAAAUAGUCAAAAGCAUAGGAAAAUAGGAAAAAUGUGGGACAAUAUGAAGGGGCGUGGAAAAAUAGGAAGGUUAGUGGAAAACAGGAAAGACCUGGGAAAAUAGGAAAAAUUGUGGGACCAUAUGAAGGGGCGUAGGCAAAUAUAAAUUGCCGUGAGAAAAUAGGAAAACCCAUGGGACAAUAUGAUGGAACGUGGAAAAUAGGGAUAAGAAUAAGAAAAUAGGAAAAGCAUGGGGAAAACUAGGAAAAUAGGGAAAACUGUGUGGAAAUAGGAGAAACCGUGGACAAUAUGAAUGGGUGUGAAAAUUAGGGCAAAGAAUUCGCAAAUCGUAAAGAUAUUGGGAAAAUAGAAAAAGACAUGGGAAAAUAGGAAGAAUAGGAGGAAAAUAGUAAAAAGCUUAGGGAAAAGGGAAGGAGCAUGUGAAAAUAGGAAAAACCAUGAGGCAAUAUGAAGGAGUGUGGCAAAAAUGGAAAUGAGGUUUGAAAAAUAGGUAAAAAGAUGGGAAAAUAGGAAGUAUGGUGGAAAAUAGGUAAGGCCUUGGGAAAAUAGGAAAACCCGUGGCACAAUAUGAAGGGGCGUGAAAAAUAGGAAAAAGCAUGGUAAAAUAGGAAGAGAGUGGGAAACUAGGAAAAAACGUGAGGCAAUAUGAAGAGGUGUGGUAAAUAGGGAAAAGCAUGAGAAAAUAGGGAAAGCGUGGGAAGCUAAGCAAAAAGUGUAGAAAAUAGGAAAAACCGUGGAAAAUGUUAUGAAUGGGUGAGAAAAGUAGGGAAAAUCAUGGGAAAAUAGGAAAGAUAGUGGGAAAAAGAAUGGAAAAAUUGUAACGAUAGUGUGAAAAUAAGAUAAAGCAUAGGAAAAUAGGAAAAAGCGUAGGAAAAAAGGAAAGAGUGUGAAAAUAGGAAAAACCGUGAGGCAAUAUGAAGGAGCGUGGAAAAAUGGAAAGGGGGUUGGAAAAAUAGGAAAACCCGUAAGACAAUAUGAAGGGGCAUGAAAAACAGGGAAAAGCAUGUUAAAAUAG